AUGAAGGUGGCUGUGUCCGGCCCGCUCCUGGACCGCGUCUUCGCCACCUACAAGCUCAUGCACACGCACCAGACGGUGGACUUUGUCCGGAAGAAGCACGCCCAGUUCAGGAGCUUCUCCUACAAGAGAAUGACCGUCCUGGAGGCCGUGGACAUGCUGGACGGGCUGGUGGACGAGUCGGACCCAGACGUGGACUUCCCCAACUCCUUCCACGCCUUCCAGACGGCCGAGGGCAUCCGGCAGGCCCACCCCGACAAGGACUGGUUCCACCUGGUGGGGCUCCUGCAUGACCUGGGGAAGGUGCUGGCUCUGGCGGGGGAGCCCCAGUGGGCGGUCGUCGGCGACACCUUCCCUGUGGGCUGCCGUCCCCAGGCCUCUGUGGUUUUCCACGACUCCACCUUCCAGGACAACCCCGACCUCCAGGAUCCUCGAUACAGCUCGGAGCUCGGCAUGUACCAGCCGCACUGUGGGCUGGAGAACGUCCUCAUGUCCUGGGGCCACGAUGAGUACAUGUACCAGGUGAUGAAGUUCAACAGCUUCUCCCUGCCCCCCGAGGCCUUCUACAUGAUCCGGUUCCACUCCUUCUACCCAUGGCACACGGGGGGCGACUACCGGCAGCUGUGCAGCGAGCAGGACCUGGCCAUGCUGCCGUGGGUGCAGGAGUUCAACAAGUUUGACCUCUACACCAAGUGUCCCGACCUGCCGGACGUGGGCCAGCUGAGGCCCUACUACCAGGGCCUCAUUGACAAGUACUGUCCCGGGGUCCUGAGCUGGUGA